UCCGUUCUUAUUCGAGGAAAGAUGCUAACUGGAAAGCAUGCAACAAUUCUUUAAAUGCCACUUGAAAUUAUAGUUUUCAAUUAUUUUGUGACUAAGUGUUAGCUACAGACUAAAUGAUUUACUUGCUAGGUAAGUGAACUAAACAAGCAGAGGGACAGCGUUCAGUCAGAGGCAAGGGGGGGUUAGCAGCUUUCACCAAACAAUCGUGAGCACACUUCCAGAUGCACUCAGCCAGCUGUUUAACAAUCAGGACAAGCUAAAAUACUUAGCUACUAGCUAUCUUGUUUACCUUGUUUGAAAACAUAUCUGGACUUUAGUAUUAUUAAUAACUCAUGACUUGAGGUCAGAAUUUGUUCGAGGGUAACACGAAAAUGUCGGCAAACUUGAGUCCUCCAAACACGGCGUUGGUAGCGGAAUUAUCAUUUUCGUUUCAGGAUGAAUUGACUGCUACUAUUCAAAAUGCAUUAGGAGUAGCAGUGGAGGUAGCUGUGGUUGAGGUUACAAAACUAGUCGGCCAAGUGUUGAGGGACGUGCGGGAUCAAAUGCACGAGACGCUGCGGGACAAUAAGUCCCUAAAGUUUCGCUUGCAAGCAGCCGAACUUGAAUUAUGUGCAGCGCGAGGGGAGGAACGUCAAGUAGAAUCAAUAAUAGGGGACAAAGCCAGUACCAAUAGUAGAAUUCAACAGGUUCAUCAGCAGCUGAAUUCUCUAAACGUCUCACAAAAUACAAUCAAAUCAGGAAGAGAAGGAGAGCAUAGAGUUCAUGAAUCCAAUCAUUCUCUUCAUACAAAAAAUGUUGAGGAUAGGUAUGGAGGAUUUGAAUCAGAAGUUGCUGAUAACCCUGCAUAUCUUACCGAAUCGUUUUGUGAGAUCCGUGAGGAUGGUCGUAUCUGCACUCAAGAUAUUAAACCAGAUUUAUUGGGCAAGUCGACUUUAAGUCAAGGAGAUGCAGCUGAGACUAAAGAGGUUCUCCCAAACAUAUACUCAGACAACCAUGAAGAUGUUGAACAUUUUAACCGAGCAUGCACAGAGACAACCGCAGGACAUGACACAUCAACAGUUGACAGCCAUCCCUUCCCUGAAGUUACCACGAAGAAUGCAGAGGUGAAGUAUCUGGUUGAAGUGAAGGUGGAAUCUGCAGACCUGGGAUGCAGUAGGAACUCUGGUCCCCACACCGAAGGAGGAGAAGAGGACUACUGUCCAGACAGUCUCUCCUUGGCUCAAACUAGGCUGCUGGAGGAUUGGAGGCCGGAGGCACUGCAGCUCCCUCACAGGGAUCCAGACUCAUUCACCCCCUCCACUAGCCACUCUCUAUCGGACUCCCCAAUCUUCAACCCAGACAUUCCAGACUUGGACAUCUUAUCGUCUUCUUCAGCCACAGGUCUCCAUGCAGGCUUUGGUAAGCAGCAGCAGUACCCACCCAGAGAGACUGCUGGGGCUUCCACCUCUCACUCACACCAGAUGUACAGCCCUCAGAUAGGUGAAGUGAACAACAUGGCUGCAGCACAGCACAUCUGCAAGAUCUGUGGAGAGAAGUUCCAUCUGUCUGAGGAGCUGCGGCGACAUCGUAGUCUUGUUCAUCCGAAGGAUAUGAACAAGCUCCCCAAGCGCAACCUCUACCCCCCUGGGCGUAGCCCGUACCACUGCUCCCUGUGUGGUCGAGACUUCAACCGCAUGGAGCACCUGAAGAUCCAUCAGCGUAUUCAUACUGGAGAGAGGCCUUAUGCCUGCACAGUGUGCAACGCACGCUUCCGUCACUCUUGGGCUCUCACAAGACACUUCCGCAUUCACACAGGAGAGAAGCCCUACACCUGCAGCCAGUGUGGGAAAACUUUCCGAAACUGUGGGGGACUGCGAUUUCACCAGCGCACCCACUCAAUGGGAGGGGUCGGCUGAUAAGGUCUUCAUGAAAGACUAAUGGAAGGAAAAACAGGAAGCAAGGAAAGCACUGGGGAUAUACAGAGAGACUGGUAAAAAAGGAUGGUAUUAGCUUACUGUACGUGUUAAAAGAAAUUUAGCCUGUGUCUUUUAUCGGAAGGAACAGAAAUAAUUCAAAUUGGGGGCAGAACUCUGAGUGCAGCACAGUUGAUGUGGUUCAUACAAGGUGAGGAGCAUCAUUGAUGAUGUAUAGACAAAUGUACAGCUUGAAAUAUCCUGUUAAAUAUGACAAUCUGUUCCCAUACACAUUUACUCAGCUAGUGUUUUGUACGAUGGCUUGCUUAUUUUACUGUGUUGCCAACUGACAUGUUUCUGUAUUAAAACCCCACAAAACAAAUACAUCCUUUGUCUUUAUCUCUUGCUGAAUGUAUUAUGUCAUAUAUCAAUCACAUUUGCAAUACAGAAACAUGAUCUUCAAACAUUUUGUUCCUAUGAUUCUAGUGUCAUGUACAACAGCAUUGGCUAAUAACAGCUAUGUAAAUAACGGGGUCAAGUCUAAAAAGGAGCAUUACUGCCACCUACUGUACUGAUCUGGGAGUUCCUCAAUGAUUCAAAUCCAUUUUUAUUUGUCACAUGCACCUAAUACAACUUGUAGACCAUACCGUGAAAUGCUUACU